UUCCUCGAGUAACACCCCAGCAGACGCUACACUCGCUGCCUGCUUCCUUCCCAGCAGAGAAAUCCAUCCAUUUUUAACUAGUAUAGUAAGACUUGCUCUCUGGUAAUCAAUCCCUCCAAUGUCAACGCCCGGCAAGAAGAAGCUCAUUCGCAGCUCUGUGGCAGUGAAUCUUGGCUGCAGCAGUUGCAGAAGGCCAAGACUCCUAUCCCACGUUUUCCGCCCUAAAGCAAGGCGUAAAGCGGUCGCCUCUUACCACAAACCCAACCAUUAUUACUCUUCUUCCGGUUCCUUGGAAACCAACACCAGCACCUUCUCCACAGACGCGGAUGACACCUGUAAUGCCUACUAUUCAUCUGAUACUGACUCUGAUAUCAAGAGUUUGAGGGCCGUUCAGGGCUUUGGGAGGAUAGGCGGGGAGAGUGUGGCUGUGGAGAAAGACUCCGACGACCCUUAUCUCGAUUUUCGACAGUCAAUGCUUCAGAUGAUUCUGGAGAAGGAGAUUUACUCCAAAGAUGACCUUAAGGAGCUUCUCAACUGUUUCUUGCAGCUGAAUUCGCCUUACUACCAUGGCACCAUUGUGAGAGCCUUCACGGAGAUCUGGAAUGGUGUUUUCUCAGUGAGGUCGACUGCUGCCUCCCCAAAUCUCUUGCAUGGCCUCUGGAGGUCACGUGGCUUCUAGGUGGUGAUGCACGUGACACUAGGUGUCCAUCUCUAUCAGUCUUGGGCACCGCACCACCGGAUCAUAAUUCAUAAAUAAAUAAAUGUGUUGUUAUCUUGGCCAACCAUGCAAAAAUGGCACCAGGGCAGCAGUCGCGCUUGCAGGGGCUGCUGCUACUUGCUAGUUUAGGCUGCUUCUUUUCUUUUUAGUUUCCCUUCCUCAGAGUCCAUAUAUGCCAAAUUACUAGAGUACCAUCAUAGAGUGUAAGGUUAAUCACUCUUGGGUUCUAUUUUCACAGCCUUUUUGACCACCUUUAGUAGUGGAGUACUUGUUAAUCUCAUCCUACUGUAGCAGAAAGAGUCUGUAGAUGUUGUGACGGGUAGUCAAAAAUGCUGUGAAAAUUGUAAUCUAGUACUAGCAAUUACUGUUGUUAGUGAA